AUAAUCUACACACAGAUGAUAAUUAACUCGACACAGGUUUCAUAUUUUAUACUCAGUGCAUACUUUGACACUGGGAUGUUAAAGUACUUAUACUUCACUAUCAUAUUGUGUUUGUAUGUUUUAAUAAUCCUGUCUAAUGUGUUUCUGAUUGUGCUUAUCUGUGUGAACAGGAGCUUACAUGAACCCAUGUACCUGUUUCUGUGCAGUCUGUUUGUUAAUCAACUCUAUGGUAGUACUGGGCUGUUUCCAUUUAUUCUCCUUCAGAUCCUCAAAGACGUUCACACUGUUUCAUUUUCACUGUGUGUUCUACAGAUUUACUGGCUUUAUUCUUAUGUACAAGUGGAAAUUAUCAACUUAACUGUUAUGUCAUAUGAUCGAUACCUGUCCAUCUGUUUUCCUCUGCAGUAUCACACUCGUAUGACACAUAAUAAGAUUGCUGCGCUUAUCACUGUUGUGUGGGUUUUCCCUCUUCUUAAAGUUGCUGUGAGUCGUUAUUUGACUGUGUCUUUACAGUUGUGUGGGAAUAUCAUUGAUAAAAUCUACUGUAAUAAUUAUUCUAUAGUUAAACUGUCCUGUUCUGACACCACAGUCAAUAACAUCUUUGGACUCAUUAAUACGUUCAUUUCCAUGUGUGUUCCUGUCAUGUUAAUCCUGUACUCGUACAUGAGGAUCCUUAAAGUGUGUUUUUCUGGAUCUAAACAGACCAGACAUAAAGCUGUCAGUACCUGUACACCUCACCUGGCUUCACUGAUAAACUUUGCUCUUGGUUGUUGUUUUGAAAUCGUACAGAGCAGGUUUAAUAUGAACCAUGUUCCCAAUAUGAUGAGGAUAUUUUUAUCAGUGUACUUUAUAACCCUUCAACCAAUAUUUAACCCUAUGGUUUAUGGAAUGAAAAUGUCCAAAAUACGUGUCAAAUGUAAUCAUCUGCUCUGUGGUAAACGUCAUUUAGACUCUGAAAGUUAA